UUUAAAUAAAUAUGGACACCUAGCACAGCAACCGUUUCAACGUCAAAUAUUAAAUCUAUACGAAACAAAAUUAACUAUUUCGAGAAAACUAAAGUAGUUGCACCAGAUGGCAGCUGUUCAAGAUUACAAGCCGGGCGACGUUCCAUUGGAGGAGCAAGAUGAUCGCAGAUUGUUUUGUAAAUUCCACUACAAGGGCGUUCUCAUUUUGCUCAUUCCUAUAUUACUUGGACCUGUUUUAAUCGGACAUCCAGUACUCGUUUUCCGCUUUCUAUACAUAUCGUUAUGUCUUUACUUGUACUAUAUCCUCAAUGUGAUGGCCAGAGGGGCUGUAGCCUUUAUCUUCAUCACCUUUAUACCCAUUUCGGGAAUCGCUGGCUCUGGCAAGGUCAGUACCUCCUACUACAACGAUCUAAUAUUCUUGGUGUACGGUGCUGUCUUCCUUGGCAUUAUGAUGGACUCUUCGAAGCUCAGUGAACGCCUGGCGAUGUGUGUUAUCGCCAUUGUUGGGAGCAGUCUGAAAUUUCUGCAGCUUUUCAUGACCGUUGCCGUUUUUAUUGUUGCCUUUUUGGUGCAUCCAACUCUAGCCACUGCCUUUUGGAUGAAGGUCUCCCAAGCUGUCAUAACGGAAUACAAUAAUGCUGGCGUGGUGAAAAUGAACUCAGAUGAACGGACCUACGAGGUUGGAGCUAAACUAUAUCCGACGCGUCCUGUAAUCGGAAUUUAUCUAACCUGUUGCUAUGCCGGUACACUGGCCGGCUGUCUUUCGCCCUUCGUGAAUCCCAACGGUUCAAUUGUCGACGCAUUCUGGGGAUUUUUUAGCGUAACCAGCAUGAUGAUGAUUAUGGCGGUCCCGGCUUUAUUUGGACUUGUUGUUAUGGUUUUCUGGAUUCAAAUCCUCUUCCUUGGACUUUUCGGCGGCAGUGUGAAGCGCGAUUUAGCCGAGUUGGCUGGAAAUAAAGCGGGAUUUAAACAGACCAUAGCCGACAAGAAGGAGGCAAUGGGACCCUGGCCAUUGUAUCCCAUAUUAGUCUUUGUCCUCAUUCUUGUGACUUUUAUACUGGCCGCCACUCGAAAACCGCGAGUGUUCUUGGGUUGGGAUGAUCUUAACCUUAAAAUUUCGUCGGGUCUCUCGGUGACGGCCAUUGGCAUGGCCAUUGUAUUCUUUGCGCUCCCGGCCAACUAUUUCUUCUGCAAAUAUUAUGCCUGCCGACGGCCCACAAAGGAGGGCACUGCACCUUCGCUCCUCAGCUGGAAGGCGGUGAACAACAAUACUCCCUGGGCGGACAUCUUCAUGCUGGGCGCCGCCGUUUGCUGUGUCUUCUGUGCCCAGGCCUGCGGACUGAAUGCCCUCGUGGCAGGAUCCAUGGGUAGUCCCGAUGGUAAAUUCGACAGCCAGCAGUUCAUCCUUGGCGCCCUGUACGGAACUCUGCUGACGAAUCUAUCACCGGGUACUACCGUGGCUAAAAUAGCACUUCCCACCAUGAUAAGAGGGGGAGCAGCCUUUGCCCUGCCGUUUGCCACGGCUUUGCACAAUCAGUUUUUGCUGCCCGUGAGCUGCCCCGCAAACAUUAUUGUGGCCGGCUGGGGCAAUAUAAGACCGUUCCAAUUCUUGCUAGCAGGAAGUGUCCUCGCGAUUUUCAUGUUUCUUACAAUUGCUGGCUUCACUGCUUUGCUUGGCAGCAGCGCAAUACCCUUAUUCUUCCACUAACUUAAUCGUUUUCAGUUCACACCAACCCCCAAAAUUUCCUGUUCGAUUUCGACCGCAUUUAAUAAAAUUACCCAUUACGCUUCACUGCAUUGCAGUGUGUUGAGCAGACUUGUUGACACGUUUAGCAUACAGAAUCGGAGCAGGACCUGGACUGGGAAUGGGGAUUGCUCGGCAACAGCUGCUCAACGGACAUUCAUCUCCAGGAAAGGUGCUGCCAAAACAAAAUACUGCUUUCGUAGUUAUUUUGAGAAGUAUGAAAAAAAAAGUAUACUGACAACAAACAAGAACUGGAACUUUCCGUGCACAACGUUUUUGGUUCUGACUUUUUCAAAUGAAUUUAAAAUUUGAUAUUCUAUAGUGCGGAUAACUUAAAGAGUCGGAAAUGAUUGCCAGAUGAUGCAAAGCAUAGAGAAUAGAAAAUUAUGUCCUAACGAUUUAAUAAUUAAUUCAAUGUAUUGUAAAAAUAAAUCCUAAAUUGGACUGGUAUUAAAUUUUUCUUUAUUAACCAA